CAAAAACUAAACGAGAAAUAGAAGAAGCCUGAAACAGUGAAAGGACAAAGGUUGAACAAAUGAAAGAGUGAAGCUUGAAGGGCAAAUGAAGGCUGAACCCUGGACGCGGCCCCUAGUUGUACAAUUCUUUUUUUUAAAUAUAUAUGUAUAAUAAUACAUAGUUAGAACCCUCAAUAACCGGCCUAGAGAAAUGUCAGCAGUAGUUCGACUUAGCUACCGAAAGUAUAUCAUAUCCAUUCAGAACACACAGUCGACAGCCCGCGCUCAUGGCAACAUCCGAAGCCACUUCAAUCGGACAUCCUAUAACGCACUCGCCCAGGUAUCCAUAACCAGAAGAACAAUGUCUUCAUCAGUCAGCAGAGCUACCAAUACUGCGGGCAAGCAGAACACGCUAUAUGGUGAGAUAAGACCCUCAGCAUUAGUAGACUUGCCAACCUUAUCCAAGGCGGUUAGUGAAGAGUUAGGUAGCGCGUACGAAGUGCGGAUAGUUGCAAAAUGUGAGCAUCUCCACCCCACGGGCAGUGUGAAGGAACGUGCAGCAUCAUACCUGAUCACAACGUCGGAACGGUCCGGUAAGCUACAACCCGGGGGGACUCUAGUUCAAGGGACGGGCGGUAACACGGGCAUUUCAAUGGCCAUGAUAGCAGCCUCGAAGGGAUACAAGUGUUACAUAACAAUACCAGAAAACAUAUCCACAGACAAGAUCGGCAUGCUAAAAAUGCUUGGGGCGGAGGUCGAGAGCUGCCCUUGUGUCCCAUUUGGCGAUGAACGACACUACAUGGAGCGGGCGAAGAAGUACGCCGCAGAAACACCGGGAGCAGUACUUCCGGACCAGUUUGAGAAUCUGGCCAAUUCUGCGGCUCACUUCGACACUACAGGCCCGGAAAUCUGGAGUCAACUCGGGGGAGGAAAAGGCGGUGUGAAUGCGCAAUUGGACGGCUUCGUAUGUGCCGCGGGAACGGGUGGGACCAUAGCGGGAGUGUCUCGAUAUCUCAAGAUGCAGUGCGUCAUGAACAGUUAUGAGAAGCACAAUCCGCACCAGAAGAGUGUGGCGACGUACCUCAUAGACCCCACGGGUUCCGGGCUCAAGUGCUUCGUUGAAGAUGGCGUCUUCGCGUCGUCAGGUAGCUGCUUUAUCGAUGGUAUUGGCAUCUCACGCGAGACUGCAAACUUCAAGACAGCCAGUGUCGACGGGGCAUUCAGGGGCAAUGAUACGGAGGCUGUUGAAAUGGCACACUUUCUGCUGAGAAAUGAGGGCUUGUUCGUCGGUCCCUCCGCCGCCCUCAACUGUGUGGGUGCCGUGAAACUCGUCCGACGUCUCGCAAAACAGUGGCCUACUACGAAGGGAGCGAGUACGGUGCACGAGGGAGCGGAGGCGAAAAUCCCUAUCACUGUGUGUACAAUACUAUGCGACAGUGGGGAGAGGUACAGAGCUACAACGUUCAAUAGCGAAUGGCUGGAGGAGAAAGGCCUAACGCCUACAUUCGAAGGACGCGACAUCUCGUUCGUCAAACAGGAAUAGGUGUAUGGAAAUUAAUAACAAAUGCAAAUACUUGUACGACCAUAGUAUCAUAUUAUUAUCACUAAUGUAUUGUGAUUUUGUUGUUUGAAUUCCGUCCGUCGCUAGCAGGUUGUUCAUGUAAUGCAGUAGAGCGCGAGGGAUAGACAUUGUACAAUGAAUGCGAUUGGCGUGCUGGGUGCGCAAUUAAUCCAAAAAUAAAUAAAUA